AUGGCGGGCCGUCUCAAGGAUGCCAUCAAGAAGCGAGCUUCACGCCUGCUCCAUAGAAACAAAGAUGAAGCAAAAGACACGCCUGAGGGCGCAGACUCCCACUCUUCCAACAACAGGAGCAGCCUGAAUUCUUCGAGUAGGAAGUCACAUCCAGGCCAUCGGAAGUCAUUGAGUCUCUUGAGCCGAAGCUCAAAGACAGAACCAAAGAAUUGCCAUGUUCUCCAUCAAACACAGGCACCCGAAAGCACCAAUGGCUAUCAAGCUCACCCGGCUGUCCAACCAUUGGAUGCAGAUUUAGAGCCCAAAACUCCCAGAUUAGAACGUCAACGUCCCGGUAUCAAAUCGGAUGACUCCGAUGAUCAAAGCACUGAUGGCAAUGCCCAAGGCAACGAUUAUUUCGAAGGUUCUUCGAGCCAAGCUGCUCACCACUAUCAACCGAAACAAGAAAAGGCGAAUCGUACAACAGACCAAAGCACGAGGCCAGCCAACUCGCCUGACGCGGCUGAACUCGAAAGAAGGCUUUCUCGUCUAGCUGUCUCGCAGCAAGAUACGGAGCUCCCUGAGAUAGACAUUGCCCCUCUGACGCCUUUUGAAUACGUCGAAGAGGCCGGUCCUGUGCAGGCGAAGCCCUCACGGCUUGCAAUCGGGCAAGAUGGUCCUGAGAAAGCAUCAACACAUAUCAAGCCCUUAUCUCAAGAGUCUGAUGUUAACCUACAUUCCAACACCAGCCAAGAGGCCAGCAUCAAACACAACUUGGAAGCUAUCUAUCCUCGAGACGCCGAGUUCGAUCGCAUCAAUAAGGAGGUCCAAGCCGGCACAGACGGUGAAGCCAACUUCCACCUACAAGACAGUCUGGACUUUGACCGAACAAUUCACAACCAAGAACCAGUCGUCCAAGAAGUUGUAAAACCCCACAUACAUACCAUCUACGAACCGAAGCGCACACUGUCGAUUCAUCACCAUGAGCAUCGAACCAUGAUCCAACCAAUCAAGGACAUCACCAUACUUCCAGAUCAACAUUGGCUUCAAGAUGACACGACAGGAGACCUUUAUAGAAUCCCUGCCGAAUUGGGGAAGCAACUUAUGUAG